AUGACAGUAGCAUCCUCCUUAUGUUGUGUAACGCAGGUGGACGAGCAAACAAGAGCUAUUGAAAAGCAGCUUCAGAAAGAAAAAAAGCAACUUCGCCGACAAGUCAAAAUUUUACUGCUUGGGUCCGGAGAAUCAGGAAAAUCGACGUUUGUUAAACAGAUGGUGAUUAUUAACGGUCGUGGAGAGUUUACUGCCGACGAGGUGCGAGCAUAUCGACAACAAAUUUAUCAGAAUGUUAUUGCGGCAAUGCGAGUGCUUUUGGAUGCGCGUCAAAAGUUGGGCUAUUCCUGGAAAAAUCCUGAAAGACAAAAGAAUGUUGAAAAAAUUAUGAGAUUUACAACAUCAGACAUAAUGAGAGGGAUUGAUCAGCCUACUUUUACUGAAGUGGCUCCGUUAGUACGAGAUUUUUGGGAAGAUUUUUCAAUUAAGCAAACUUAUGAACAGCGGAAUCUUUUUCAAAUAUCUGACUCCUGUACUUACUUUUUUGAUCACAUUAACCGAGUGGCGAUGCCUGAUUAUUGUCCAACUAAUAGAGACAUAUUAUUAUGUCGAAAGGCGACAAGAGGAAUAACCGAGCACGUAUUUGAAAUACAGCGAGUUUCGUUUAGGUUUAUUGACGUUGGUGGGCAGCGAUCUCAACGACAAAAAUGGUUCCAGUGUUUUGAAGAUAUCACUAGCAUCCUCUUCAUGGUUGCUUCCUGUGAAUAUGAUCAGGUGCUUCUUGAAGAUCGAAGAACAAAUCGCGUAGUCGAAUCUCGAUCUGUUUUUGAAACCAUCGCCAAUAAUAAAUCCUUUUCAAACGUCUCAAUAAUAUUAUUCAUGAACAAAACUGAUCUACUUGAGCAAAAGGUUCCAAAAUCGGAUAUUCGUCAGUACUUUGCUGAUUUUACUGGGGACCACAAUAGUUUACGUGACGUGCAGUUUUUUUUGGUGGAUAAAUUUGAAAAUUGUUGUCGUGAUAAACGGCGACCAUUCUUCUAUCAUUUCACUACGGCUGUAGAUACGGAAAAUAUCAGACGCGUAUUCAAGGAUUGCCGUGAAACUAUCCUUGAGCAAAAUUUGAAAACAUUGAUGAUGCAAUAG